UUAAGUGUUUUAUUUUGAAUAUUUGUUUUUGUUUCAACAAAAAUAUGAAGCAGCACAACUGUUUUUAACAUUGAUAAUAGGAAGAAAUUUAAUAGAACUGUGCCAUCACAGGAAUAAAUUACACCUUAAAAUAUAGUACAAUAGAAAUCAGUCAUUUUAAAUAGUAAUAAUAUUUAACAAUAUUACUCUGCUGUCUUAGUGAGCAGAAGAGACUUUUGACCGUGACCCCAAACUUUUGCACGACAUGAGCGCAACGGGACAUUAUUUAAACCGGGCGGCCGUGUUUUCUCCUGUAGGUGGCGCCCGUUUGUGUCAGCUGACUCUGUGCUGCGCCGUCAUCUCUCUGGUGAUCCACGCCGCCGGUUACAGCGCCACCUACGGGACGUUCUGUAUGGCGGUUUGGACGUCCUGCUUCGCCAUCACAGCCGCCGUUUUUGUGCUGGACGUAACACGGCUGCACACGUGUCUUCCCGUGUCGUGGGAGAAUCUGACCGUGACGUUUGCGUCCCUGGCCGUCCUGCUCACGCUCACCGCAUCUGUCAUCUAUCCCGUGUACUUUGUGCGUGCAGACGACUGUCCUUAUAAUAAUUGCGAAGUAAGAAAUUUCCGGAUCGCGGUGACCGUGUGCUCAUGGGCGGCAUGUGUCGCGUACGGGACGGAGGUUUUUCUGUCGCGUGCCAAACCAGGUCGCGCCGUCGGCUACAUGGCGACGCCAUCUGGCAUCCUGAAGGUGGUGCAAAUCUUCGUGGGAUGCGUGAUUUUUGUGAUGCUCGCCAACGGGAGCGAUUUCACAAGCCACGUUGCGACCGUCUACUGCGUGGCGGUGUUCGGCGUCUGCUUCGCCGCCUCCGUGCUGCUGGUGGCACUGACGGUCUCGGGCCGGACCGCGGCUCUGCGGCUGCCGUUCGAGAGGUUUGUGGUCGUCUACACGUUCCUGGCGGUGCUGCUGUAUUUGAGCGCUGCCGUAGUCUGGCCCGUCUUCUGCUUCGACAGGAAGUACGGCGCUCCGCUGCGGCCGCAGGGCUGCCCGAGGGGGAAGUGCUCAUGGGACGUGAAGCUCGCCGUCACUGUGCUGUGCUUCAUCAACGUCUCGCUUUACAUCGCCGACCUCGUCUAUUCCCAGAGAAGCCGGUCGGUGCCGCAGCAUCCUCGAGUGUAGCGGGAACAUUAAUGAAACAUCAGAAAUAUACCAUGAUACUGUUUGAUUGACGACACUGACAGUCCUUUACAUGCCUGUUUAUUGUGAUUUAAAAUAUGCAUAUGCCACAUAUUAUGGAUGCUACAAUUAUGAGCUUAAUCAAAGUAUUGUUUACAUGAGUUAAGGUUUAAUUGCAAUAUUAUGUGAUUAUUGUUAUUGAACUGAACUGAGUCUGUGAAUAAUGACACUGUCGUCUUCUGUAGAGCUGCUUAUAGCUGAAUUGAACUCGUUUCAUAAUUGAUGAACUUUAUAAUUGAGCUGAAUAAUGACACUUGUCUUUUUAGACUCGUAUUUGAAGUUUGCAUCAUUCUGUUAUUCUCCUGUUCAUGACUGUGAAGCUGCUUUGAAACGAUCUGUAUUGUAUUAAAAGCACUGUAGAAAUAAAGCUGACUUGACUUGAGUUUGGUUACAUCAUAAUUACAUGCUAAUGCAGUCAGCAUCAGCGAAUACCAUCAUGGGUUUGUGCGUGAGUGUGUUUAUGCGUGUGUGCAAGAGUGAAUAUUGAGUGAGUGUGUACAAGUGUGUGCUAGUGUGUGCAUGUGUAUGUUUGCUUGUGAGUGUGUGUGUUUGUGUGCGUGCGUGCUUGCGUGAGUGUGCACGAUCGUGUGUGUGUGUGUGUGUGUGUUUGCG